UGUUUAUGAAUGAACAUGCUGCUUCUCUCCCCGAGUUCAGUGUGCAGUCUUUUUAGCAAAGGGGUGAAUAAGGAGCCCUGUGUGAUGUGGAAACAUCCAUCACUGCAUUUUAAUCAUAUUGUGUGCGUUUUUACGCGUUAUCUUUUUGUGGGUGCAUUUAUGAGAGCCUCAAUAAACUUUGAACCAACAGAGAUCUGGGCGAAACGAGGCCACUCGCAGUUUGUGAGCUGUGCACAAUGGUUUCUGUAUCUCCGCGGCCUCAGAGAUGGGUAUCCGGCAUAUUGAUAGUGGUGAAUGCCAGCGGGCAUUAGAACAGCAAGCGGCCAUCUGCCAGCCUAGCGAACUAGCAACCCCACCAGCUGCAGUCGCAAAACGCCCUACAAAGCAGGACAUGCAUGCAGCUUCUGACGUCUGCGGCCACACUGCGCUACAAAGCCCUGAAAAACCAGGAGCGGAAACAAUGAGAAUCAAGCUUAUAGACGCCGCAUAGGUCCACGACCAGCAAGUUUUUGAGAAGAGGCUGCCGUUAAGUGCACAUCAGUUCAUUUCGGAUGACCGGUUCGUGCGAUUAUUUUUCCACGGUGAAAAAAAAUACAUAAAAAGACUCAUGCAGGGGCACUUUAAUACCCCGACAUGGCGACGGCAAGAAAAGGGAGAGAGCUUUUUACUAUUUUGGAAACUAGCGCGGACACCGAAAGUACCAGCGUGUGCGACAGUCAAGACUCUCCGCUUAAUCUUUCAGCCGAUGUGAAGUGGUUCGAAAUUCCGUACAGAAAGCCAGACUCGGACGAGGAAGACGAAGUGCGGGAGGAGGAGGACGGCGAGGGGGCGAAUGGAUUCACGAGCACAGCAGCCGCGGCGGCGGCGGCGGCGGCGGAGACUGCAGACGCGGCCAGCUUCAUCGCGGGAGGAGGCUGCAACAUAAUUUUGGUCACGGGCAGUAACGGGAUCAAGCACGACGAGGAGGACUACGCGGAGGACUGUUAUUAUUCUACCUCCACCAACUGCUCUGAUACCACCUCAAACGAUUCGGAUAUUGAUUUCUCCGAUUUGGAGGAGGAGGAGCGCAGGAGUUUUUUCAGCUUUGAAGAUGACUUGGACGAGGGCUGCACUUCUCCCGACUUCUGGGGUGAACCUGACCAGGUCAUUUCAAUCGAACCAUUCUCCGCUGUCAGCGGCCCUCAGCACUCGCUGGGGGAUGAUGCUGACACCCGUGACUAUUUCCGGAUACUCUUCCCAGAUUCUCUUUUUGAACACAUGGUAGAACAAACAAACAAUUACGCCCUCUAUCGGCAAAGGAGGAGUGGAAAAUCAGACCCCCACUGGCACCCCACUGAUGUCAGGGAGAUGAAAGCCUAUGUAGGUCUGAACAUUCUUAUGGGCAUCAAUCAGCUUCCAGACACUGGCAUGUAUUGGGCCAGCGACAUUUUCAUAGGCAAUGCAGGCUUUAAAAAAACAAUGACAGCCAGGCGCUUUGAAAAACUCACCCAGUACCUUCAGCUGUGUGACCGCGAGUCUGAGCCUGUGCGAGGGGAACGUGGCUACGACGGUCUCUUCAAAAUCCGGCCUCUCCUUGAUGUGGUGGAGAACACCAUGUGGGAUGCGUACAUGCCCAACCGCUGUUUGACCAUAGACAAGUGUGCCAUUGUCAUGAAGGGACGUUUCUCUCCCACCCAGUACAUGCCCUCCAAGCCCCUGAGGAAGGGGCUGACAGUGUGGAUGCUGUGUGACUCACGCUCAGGCUACUGCCACCGGGCCAAGAUCUACGUAGGCAAGCCCAGUGAAGACGAGGCAGCAGCCUCCCUGGGCUACAGGCUGGCGACAUCCCUAGUGCGUGGCCUGGAGGGUCAGUACCACCAUCUCUUCAUGGACAGCUUCUUCACCUCAGUGCCCCUGCUCCAGAGGCUGCUGAGGGACGGACUGUACGCCUGCGGGCCGACCCAGCCAGGUCGCAAAGGAUACCCAGAGGUCCUCCGCCCGCGCAACGUCGGAAAGCUGUCCCAGGGAGAGUUCUACCAGUGCCAGCGGGGCAACCUGGUUGCUACAGUGACACGGGAUGUCAAGAUGGUUAGCUGCCUCUCUACCAAUUCUGCUCCAGGGAUUGUGGGUAUCAGUCCAGGCCGGCAGCAGCGUGAGACUGAUGGGGAGGGGGAGAGUGACAGCACGGACGGCUCAGGUUUGUCUUUCGGUGUACCCCGACCUCUGCCCUUGCUGUUGUACCAGGAGAACAUGAGAGGAGUGGACCUGUGUGACCAGCUGAGGGAAUGCUACCAGGUGGGUAGGCCGUGUAAGAAGUGGUGGCGCUACUUCCUGUGGUUCUACGUUAAUCUGUGCAUUGUCAAUGCCUACAUCGUCCUGAGGGAGAGCCGAGGGGGAACCCCACCGGCGGGCUUCAACGGCAAGCAGUUCACCCAGCGCCACUUCAGGGUGCGCCUGGCACAGCAGCUGAUUGGAGACUACCAAGGGGCAAGGGGCAUGGAGCGGGCAGCACGCAAGAGACACGCAGAUUCACCCAUAGAGUACGGACACCGCCUGGAGCGCAUGUCGGAGCGCUCCCGUCGCUGCAGGAACUGCACCAACAAGGGACUGCGACAUGAAAGUGUGUUUGGCUGCAAGAUAUGCAAUGUCCAUCUAUGCAGGGGAGGGUGCUUCUCCGAGUUUCAUAAAUAAAAUUGAAGUGUUUUUUUGUUUUGUUUUUAUAUCCUUUGUGUAAUCAAACAACUUGUGUCAAGGGACUUUUUAAAACAGUAAAACAAUUUGUAAUUCCAAAGGUUACCACUACAAGUGCACAAUAUAGUCACACACUUUAUGUAGAGCUAGUUUUAGAAUAGAAGUAUUAUUGCACGUAUAAUAGAGAAAAUAAACUGAGAAAACUGUAGAUUAUUUGAAUAAGUAUAGAAUGUUUUCGGCAACUUGCCUUCUGUAACACUGACGGAACUGCCUUGUGUCACUUUUUUAUACGUUAAAACUAUGUUAAGGAUUUUAUAUGAAAAAGAAGAAAUCAAACUUUUCUGCACUUACAAUAGAUCAGAAAAUGUUUACUAUGGGAAGUUUAUCUCUCUCCUUUUCC